AUGGAGGAAGGUGUGGCUAUUAAACAUACCAGGGGUAGUCAAAGUCUUUGUUUGGAAGACUAUGCUGAACUGUCUGCCAACAAAGAUGAAUCUAAUGAAGAGGGGGCAAGUGAUGUAUGGGCUUGUGAGAGGAGUCCAGUGCAAAAGUGGUCGAGUGGGGAAAGGGAUAUGUUUGAACUCUGGUCAGACUGGUUUCUAAAGCUGUCUCGAGAACAAUUGGAAGUUAUGGCUGUGGUGAUGAGGAGGAUAUGGCUGAGAAGGAAUGGCAUGGUGUUUGAUAAUAAGCUUGUAGGGCCAAAUGAAGUAUUUAACCAGGCUGUUCAAUGCUUGACAGACUUUCAGUUGGCUCAAGUGAAGCAGACCAGUAAAAUAGACAGUAGUGUUCCUAUAAACAACAAGGCUAUUCAUUGGAAACCACCUAUGGGUGACAUAUUGAAGGUUAAUUGGGAUGCAGCAUGGAAAACCAAGGAGGACAGAAGUGGAAUUGGGGUGGUGAUCCGAGAUAGUAGUGGGGAAGUACUUGCUUCUCUCUGCUGUCCUAGAACAAAGGUGCAAGAUGCAAUGGUAGCUGAGAUCUAUGCACUAUGGAGGGCCAUGAAAUUGUGUGCUGAACUAAAUUUCAGAAAGGUUCAAUUUGAAGGUGAUGCUUUAGCUGUUGUAAAUGCUGUGAAUAGCCCUGAGGAGUGCUGGGAGAGGCACGGACAGGUGGUUGAAGACCUUAAAGAUGUUUUGAGGAAGAGGAGAGGCUGGUAUGUGGUGCAUGUUAAUAGAUGUUGUAAUAAUGUGGCACAUAGUCUUGCUAAAGUUGCAUUAAGUAUGCAAGAAGAGAGGGUAUGGAUGGAAGAUUAUCCAUCAAAGAUUCUUAAGUGUGUAAAGUUUGAUAUAUUGUGUAACUCAGCAAUUACAUGA